ACUCUCCAGAACUCCCUGACAGGAGGGUGGAGCCAGGUGAGGGUCAGCCUCCCAGGGAACAAGGGACAUGACAAGAGGGAAGGAACAGCCUCAAGUUAUGCCACAAGAGGUUCAGGUUCGACAUGAAGAAAAAUUUCUUCAUGAAAAGGGUGGUAAGCCAUUGGAAGGGGCUGCCCCAUGGAGUCCCAGUCUCUGGAGGUGUCCAAGACUGAACGUGGCACUCAGUGCUCUGGUCUGGUUGACAGGGUGGAGACCAGGCAUAGGGUGGACUCAAUGGUCUAGGAGGGCUUCUCCAAUGUAAUUGAUUCUGUGGUUCUGUGUGAUUCUGUGUUUGAGAUAUUUGUAUGGAUUGAUGGUAUCCCCUCAGAGAUUUCUGUAGAUUGAAGGGAUAUUUGUGUGGAUUGAUGGAAUCCUUUCUCAGCCUUCUCCAGACUAACCAGGCCCAGCUCCUGCAGUCCUCAUCACCGACAUGCUCCAGACCCUGAAUCAUCUUUGUGGCCUCCUUGACCCUCUCCAGCAGCUCCUUGUCUUUCCUGAGUUGUGGAGCCCAGGACUGAACACAACAGUCCAGCCAUCCUCCCACAAAAUACUUCAAGAAAUUACAGAGCAAAAAAAUGAAACGUUCAAUUAUUAAGAGGGACCUGCGGGCUCCGGCCCAUGGCAUCUGACCACAGCUCUGGAGUUCUCGACUACGACUCUGUGGCUUCUGCUGAUGGCACAUCUGGUGCUGAGGGUGGCACCAGUGUCCAGCCAGGGGCCUGGCCUGGCAUCGUCAGCAUCCAGGCCACCUGGGAGAACGGCACGUGGCACAUGUGUUCAGGUGUCCUCCUCAGCUCCCAGUGGGUCCUCACAGUUGCACACUGCUUCGCCAGGGGCGGAGGCGUCUCCACGUGGGAGGUGGUGAUUGGGACCACAGACCUGACUCAGCCGGGCCCCGAGUCCAAGGUGCGCCACAUCCAGAGGCUCCUGGUGCACCAGCACUACGUGGCUGCCACGGCGAGGAACGACAUCGCCCUGGUGGAGCUGGACCAGCCCGUGGAGUGCAGCGACUACAUCCAGCUGGGCUGUGUGCCCGACGCCUCGCUCAGGGUCUCCGAGCUGAAAUCCUGCUACAUCGCCGGCUGGGAUUUUGCCAAAGCUCAGGGAUCGGGCAUGGUGCUGCAGGAGUCCAAGGUCCACCUCAUGGACACGGAGCUCUGCAACAGCAGCCCAUGGUAUGCGGGGGCCGUUCAUCUUGACAACCUGUGUGCAGGGUACCCCCAGGGCAGCAUCGACACCUGCCAGGGGGACAGCGGGGGUCCCCUCGUCUGCAAGGACAACGAAGCCGACUACUUCUGGCUCGUGGGAAUGAGCAGCUGGGGCAGAGGCUGUGAGAGAGCCCGGCACCCCGGGAUCUACACCUCCACUCAGCACUUCUACAACUGGAUCCUGCUCCAGACGGGCCUGAGCCCAGCAGAAAGAGCCGGUCCAGCACCAGAGCCAGUCGUCACCUCGGCCCCUGAGCAGCGUCUGAAACCAGCACCAGAGGAAGACAUCAGCUUGAUCCCUGAGUACAGCCUGAGACCAGCGCUGACAUCCUCAGGCACGUUAAUGCCCAUGGCAUUCCCACACCAGAUCCUGGUGCAAUUCCGGAAUCUGCUGCAGGAGUUCCUGCAGUUCCUGAAGGACAAAAAGGCUUGAGCAGCAGCGGGACGAGCAGGAGCCAGGGCUACAGUGGACCACGGCAUUUCCUGCUGGGCCAAAGGUAGCCUUGGGGCCAGAAGCUUCUCUGUCCUGCCCAUGCUGCUCCGCUGGGGCCACGCCGAUGCUGACGUGACUGAGGUGUUGAAGUAAAGUUUCUGUGUUCACCAUUAA